UCUAUUUCGUUCGAAAGUGAUAUUUCGAUCGUUUUCGAAUUUACCAUUCCCUAUUCCAAUCGUUUUGCUCGUUUCGAACGAAAGUGUUAGAAAAUUUCGAAUAUGCAUCGAUCUGUCAAAAACCGAUAAACAAAAAGAAACACCGUAUUAAAUAGCGGCGAGUGCGAGUUGAAUUUCAGUUAAUUUUUGAUCCUAAGAGAAAUUUGUGAGAAAAUUUUCUCGUUCAAUGGAUUCCGUUUUGUUACCGAUUUUGGCGGAGCAAGAAGAAAUUGGAAUGCCUUGCUACCAUCGGCGAAACCACCGAAAAUCAACCGACUUCAUGAAACUUUCUGAUGAAGCAUUCAUCAAAAGUUUUCGUCUAAGUAAGGAAGCUUUUCGGUACGUUUUAGAGGAAAUUGAGAACUGCCUUAUCACAAGGAAAGGUGGUCUAUCCACGGAGGUGAAACUCGCAGCAUGUUUGCGAUUCUUUGCUGAAGGAAAUUAUCAACAUGGAGCAGGGCAAGAUUAUCACAUUGCCAUAGCACAGCCCACAUUUUCCAAGGUGCUGACUGAAAUGCUUAACAUUCUGGAGCGGACACUGUGUAAGAAAUGGAUUUCCCUAAAUAUGACGGAAGACGAACAGCGGCGUGCUAAACUACACUUCUAUCAGAAAACAUCAAUUCCGGGUGUUAUUAUGUGUUUGGAUGGAACCCACGUAAAAAUUAUUCCACCUAAGCUGAAUCGAAAUUUGUUUUUUAAUCGGAAGGGAUUUUAUAGUCUCAACGUUCUGAUUGUUUGUGACGAUCAGCAAAGGAUUCGUUUCGUUGAUCCUACCUUCCAGGGAUCUAAUCAUGACUCUCAUAUAUGGCGUGUAAGCCCUGCAAGAACUCACUUUGAGCAGCUUCACCAAAAUGGUGAAGUUAAUACUAAGAUUCUAGGUGAUGCUGGUUAUCCAUCGGAACCUUGGUUAGUAACGCCAUUCAGAGCAGCGGAGGAAGGGAGUUUGGAGAGCGAUUUUAAUCGCAGGCAUGCCUUGGGUCGUGCUAUCGUCGAGCGGACAAUCGGUUUACUAAAAAAUCGGUUUAGAUGCAUCCUUGGCGCGAGACAACUUCACUACAAUCCUACUAAAUGCGCUCAAAUUAUAAAUGUAUGCUGUGCACUUCACAAUAUAUGCUUAGAAUUUGGUCGUUCUCAGUAGUUAUAAUAUGUUAUGCAGCUGUUUACAUAAUAAACUUUUGUUUAAAUUAAUAUUUAUGACUGUUAAAUUUCAUCUAACUUGUUUGCAAAUGCUCAAAUAAAUAACAACCACCGGAAAAGGAAGUGUCUUCCUUACUUAACUAUGGUUUCGGCAGAAUUAUUUACUCUUAUUCCUGCCAACACUUUGAGAACAUGUCAUUAUCGAUUUCUCGUAAGCAGGCCAAGUAUUCAAAUAACCAUUAUUAAUACUUUUUGCGUUGUUUUAACCCCUUGCUGUACGAUUUAAUUUCCAACAGCACGGCCCAAAACGAGCACUUCGAGUCGUUCCGCUACUCUGCUGAGUGUGGGUAUCUAACAUGGGUGCCCUAUGAUGAGCAAAUACAUGUUGUGUUUAAAAUAAAAACGAAGGAGUUAUUACUACGUACUAACUCGUUCGUUUUUAUUUUAAUUAUAAUAUUCAAAUUAUAUUUUAUAUUUUUAGCUCAUUCAAUUUUUUUUUUAAAUAACGGAAAUUUGAUAAUCUUCAGUUGUCGGUAUCCUCAUCAUAUGCCUGAAGCUAUGUAAUUAUUUCACAUCGAGAAACAACGAGUGAAGUUCAAUGUUGUACGUGAAGGGGUUAAGGAAGUUCCAUAAACUAUAGGCGAAAUUCGUGAAUUUUAAAAAAGUUUAUAUAAUUUUGAUGCUAUUCCAAACAAACUUCAAAGAAAAAAUUAAGUAAGAUUUUUCUUCCAUGGAAAGAUAU